UACAACAAACAUUUAAGAUGAGCAUGAAGUGUGUAUGCAAUAUUCUCAUGCUUAUCGCUAUGAUGAUAAUCAGCAAUGUACAAGCCUCUUGCAAAAAGGAAAGUAGACUAUCAGAAGAUUUAAUGGAUAUGAUGUGCAAAAUCAGAAAACCAAGAAUUGAUAAUGAACCCCAUGCUGGCAAGCGUGAUGCAUUUACGGUAUCACUUACUAAAGGUACAAACUUAGCAGCAAAUGAAGUGAUCAAAUUUGACAAGGUUUGGUUAAAUACAGGAAAAAUUUAUGAUUCUUCAACUGGUGUAUUUACUGUGAAAAAGACUGGUUUAUAUCUUGUAUCAGGUUCAGUAAUGUCCUUCAGAGGAAAACAACUGCAUUGCCAUCUAUGGAAGAAUAAUGAAAGCACUGUUGGAACAUAUGGACAUAACUACUCCCAAGGUUCUUUGAAUGCUGUGAUGGAACUAAAGAGGGGAGAUAAGUUAACAAUCCGUCAUGAUGGUCAUGCUGGUACUGAGGGAUUGUAUGGUAUGCACUGGUCUAUGUUUUCUGCUUACAUUAUUUCUGAAUAAAGUAUACUCAAUUAUA